AUGAAUGUAGAGGAUAAACUCAUUUGGGGCCCAUCAGAAAAAGGGCUAUACUCGGUCAAAAGUGCGUAUCAAGUGGAGGUUGAUAGGAAAAAGACUGUUAUAGGGGAAACUUCGGAGGGAAGCAGGCAUGAUGGAAGAUGGAAGAGUAUUUGGGAGCUUAAAGUACCAGGGAAAGUCAAAACAUUUAUGUGGAAAGCAGGCAAUGACCUGUUAGCCACGAGAUGGAACCUUUUCAAGAGAAAAAUUCUGAAUGACCCUCUAUGUCCAAUAUGUCAGACAGAAAAUGAAACUGUGAUGCAUCUGUUAUGGCAAUGCCCAGCAGCCAAUGUUGUAUGGACAGAAAUGAUUAUCCCUAUUCAGAAAUGGAAUGUUGCAGAAGAUGAUCUCCUAAGUAUGUGGGGAAGGAUGAAAGGAAAACUAACAAAAACUGAAUUGGAAUUGAUAGCAGCAACGAUGAGAGUGUUGUGGCUGAGGAGAAAUGAGUUAGUCUUUGAUAAGAAGUUCAGAAGUCCCAUGAGUGUAAUCAGAGCUACAAAGGAAUCUUUACAGGAGUAUCAGGCAGUGAAUCAGUUGCUAAAAAGGGGCAAUGGCUUAGCUACGGCUGUAAGGCAGGGCCAACACUGGGAGAUGCCAAGGGAGAAGUUUGUUAAAACAAACUGGGAUGCAGUAGUUGAUUUGAAAAAUAAGAAAGUGGGAAUAGGCAUAAUCAUCAGAGAUGAAAAGGGGGAUGUAUUACCAGCAGCGUGUGGACAAAGGAAGUAUCUUCAUCACCCAGCAACAACAAAAAGUCUAGCCUUGAGAAGGGCAGCAGAGAUCUGUAUAGAGUUGAAUUAUACAAAAGUGAUACUGGAAGGGGAUGCAAAGGGGAUUAUAAAGGCAGUCAAUAGAGAAGCAGAAAACUUGUCUACCUAUGGGAAUAUUAUACAGGAGAUAAAGGUAUACCUUAGAAAUAGAUAA